CACGGAAUCACGGAUCACCCCACCACCACACCCAUGGGCCCGAUCAAUGGCCGCCGCCGCCGCCGUCUCCUGCUCCUCGCCGCGGUUGCUCUCGCCGGCGCCGCCGUGGACGCGCAGCCCGACUACUUCAACCCCAAGAAUUUCAACCCGUCCAUGGCGAUUGUCAUGGUCGUGCUGGUCACGGCCUUCUUCCUGCUCGGCUUCUUCUCCAUCUACCUCCGCCGAUGCGCGGGGCCCCCGCUGGGCGGGCCCGACGACCACUACCAUGCGAGGCAGCUGGGUCUGGGGCUCGGCAACAACAGCUACGCGCCGCCGCCCAGCAGGAGGAUGCGCGGCCUCGACCGGGCCGUGCUCGACUCCUUCCCGACCAUGGCCUACGCCGACGUCAGGGCGCACAAGGGCGCGCUCGAGUGCGCCGUCUGCCUCAGCGAGUUCGACGACGGCGACACGCUCCGGCUGCUGCCCAGGUGCGCCCACGCGUUCCACACCGACUGCAUCGACGCCUGGCUCGCGUCGCACGUCACCUGCCCCGUCUGCCGCGCCAUCCUCCUCGUCCCCGACGCUGCCGAGCCCACCGCGUUGGCUGCUGCCCCUGUCACUGCAGCGCCGGAUGAUGACCAUGCCGUGGUGGUCGACGCCGCAGCCGCUGCCGGGGAGACCGAGGACCAGAGGCUCAGGAGGGAGGAGGCCGCCGAGCUGCUGCGGAUCGCCAGCGCCAAGCGCGCGCUGCGAAGCAACAAGUCGCAGUUCCCGCGCUCGCACACCACGGGCCACUCGCUCGCCGCGCCGUCGCCCGCCGGCUCGCCUAGUUCCACCUCGGACGCGGAGCGCUACACGCUGAGGCUGCCCGACCACGUUCUCCGGGAAGCCGUCGCCGCGGCCAACCUUCGCCGGUCUGCGAGCGUCCAGACGGGCGCUGACGGGACCACCACGCGCCGCGGCUUCGCCAUCGCCGGCCGCGCUGGAACUGGAAGGAGCGUCCGCCUCGGCAACUCCUCCGGCCGGUGGCCCAGUAUGUCCCUCCUCCUGGCGCGCACCUUCUCCGCCAGGCGCCCAGUGACGCGGCGCGGUGAGGCCGACGCCGACGCACCAGACAAGUUCGCAGGCUACGACGGCAAAACCAUCGUGGAGCAGUGCCACGACGGCGGAGCUUGCUCGCUUGUUUGACGCGCCGUUCAUUCUUCUACUACACUAUCCUAGUCGGCUAGUCCCAGUAAAAAAAAAUUAGAGUGGAUUUGUAUAUAUACAAAUUAUUAUUAUUAUUGUAACUUGAACUUUCGGUUACAAUAAGCAGAUUAUUCAUCCGUUUGGUU